CAUUGCUGUGGUUUCCUUCAACCAAACCAAAACCAAAUCUGUUUUCUCUAGUCGUUUGCUUUUUGUGUCCACUCGAAUCGAUUAGACUCUACUAUAUAACACGUACGAGGAACACAUCCAACACCCUCUGACUCUGUCGUUUUCUCUCACUCAACUGAAAAACUAAAACCCAUUUUCUUCUCCAAAACCUUCCACUUUCUCCAACCCAAACGCGCUUGCGAGCAUAUCUUCUUCGCUCUCUUACCCGUUUUUCUAAUCUUCUCGCUCUGUCCAAUUCCAACACUCCCGGUGUUUGAAGGAACCAGAUAUUACAAAAAGGUUAUGAUCAAAAUAGAGUUGUGAGAUCUAGCAGUGUUACUGGGAAUGAAAAAUCUUCUGUAGGUUCUGUUACACACUUUAAUUUGCACUUUGACAUGGAGGCUCAAAUUCAUCAACUUGAACAGGAAGCUUACUCUGCUGUCUUGCGUGCUUUCAAAGCUCAGUCUGAUGCUCUUACAUGGGAGAAGGAAGGUUUGAUAACUGAGCUUAGAAAAGAGUUGAGGGUUUCAGAUGAUGAACACAGAGAGCUUCUUACUAGGGUUAACUCUGAUGAAAUAAUACACCGCAUUAGGGAGUGGAGACAAACUGGUUGUUACCAACCUGCAAGACGUAGCACAUCUCAGCCUGUUCAUGACAUUUUACCUAGUCCAACUGUUUCAGUGUCCCGAAAAAAGCAGAAGACAUCCCAUUCGGGUCAGUCCUUGCCUGCUUUAUCUUCAGUGAAGUCUGUGCAGUAUACUUCUGCGGGACCAACUGGAGGUAGGCAUUUUUCAAAUCGCAACGCUAGUGCUCUUGCAUCCAAUCCACCCGCCGAAGCAGCAGCAUUUGAUCCAUUGAUUGGGAAGAAAGUUUGGACUAGGUGGCCUGAAGAUAACCACUUUUAUGAGGCUGUUGUAACUGAUUACAACCCUGCUGAUGUAUGUUUAGAUCUUAAAAUAGUUCUGAAAAUUCUUGAUUACUGCAUUUAUAUUUUANUUAGGACUUUCCUGAAAUUGGGCACUGUGACAUUGAUGUGCACAAUGUUCAGCUAG